AAGAGACGCCUCCCGGCGGGAGCUGGCAGCUGUGGGAGCAGCGCGGGCAGAGCAGCGGGCGCCGGGGAGGACUGCGGGCCGGCCGGUCUCUCCAAGGUGGCCGAGGCUCGCGGGCGCUUCGCGAAGGGUACGGCGGGCGGCGCGGCCGGCCCCGCUCCUAGAGCCGCUGCGGCGCAGCCCGGGCUCGGGGCACGCUCCUUGGAGAGUUGCUGCUUGUCCGUGAAGCAUCAUGAAGGCGCCCUGUGUGGUCCUGCUCGCCCUUGCCGUCCUGACGCUCCUGACGUGGCUUCCUGUGUCCCUGAGCUGUAACAAAGCACUCUGUGCUAGUGAUGUGAGCAAGUGCCUCAUCCAGGAGCUCUGCCAGUGCCGGCCCGGGGAGGGAAACUGUUCCUGCUGUAAGGAGUGUAUGCUGUGUCUUGGGGCCCUCUGGGACGAGUGCUGUGACUGCGUGGGCAUGUGCAAUCCCCGGAAUUACAGCGACACACCUCCAACCUCCAAGAGCACGGUGGAGGAGCUGCACGAGCCCAUCCCUUCCCUCUUCCGCGCGCUCACGGAAGGCGACACUCAGCUCAACUGGAACAUCGUCUCCUUUCCUGUGGCAGAAGAACUUUCACACCAUGAGAAUCUGGUUUCGUUUUUAGAAACCGUGAACCAGCCACACCACCAGAAUGUGUCUGUUCCCGGCAACAAUGUCCACGCGCCGUAUUCCAGUGAUAAAGAACACAUGUGUACGGUGGUUUACUUUGAUGACUGCAUGUCCAUACACCAGUGUAAAAUAUCCUGCGAGUCCAUGGGGGCAUCCAAGUACCGCUGGUUUCAUAAUGCCUGCUGCGAGUGCAUUGGCCCGGAGUGCAUUGACUACGGAAGUAAAACGGUCAAAUGUAUGAACUGCAUGUUUUAGAGACAGAACAGAAAUAUAAACCAAAGCCAUUUAGACAAAACAGACAUGAGAAGUUAAUUUACUGGUCACGCCAGAAUGCCAGCAAGUUAAGAUGUAGACAACUGGGGAGGAGUUCCUUUCCAAGUCAGACGUGCAGCGACGUGUUAUGAUUCUACUGCUCUCAUGACUCCCUGCCCAGCAGCAGUGCCCUUUCCCUUGAACCCACACACAGCCCUGAUCGUAGAAGCAGGUGCACCAAGAAUUCCUUCAGGACCUGAAGCUCUUACCAAAGCCUCACGCUGUGCGCCCGCAUUGCUGAAGCCGGCAGGAAGAGGCCUGCCGACCAGAGCUGAUGCUUGUGCUGAUCCUGGGACACUAAGUUUUUCUACUUGUAUGUCUGCUUUCCUGUGCCUUAUAUUGGUUAUCUGUUUUAUAAGUAGACGUUCAAUUAGAUCACUCUAAGAACUUGCACCAAAUCAUUACAGAAAAGCUUAAUUUCAGUCUCCAUCCAUCCAGCAACUACUCUUCCAUUGGCCCGCUGUCUGGCUCAGCUGUUUUCCUAUCACCAAAGCUUGGAAUUGAAUAUAUUCAGAAACCCACAAUGUCAGCAUUACCAUAAUCGGAGGUGCUUGGCUGUCUCUGGAGCUGGAGCACCGGGUGUUUGGGACUUGUCCAGGACCAGAAGUGUGUGGGCUGCCCAGCUGGCUCUAUUUUGAUUUUUA